UUUCCAUUGUAAUUGUUCUUCCUAUACCACGGUAACGAGCACUAUUAUAGCCGAGGUCGUUGAUAGUUAUGGCAACAAGGACACCUGUCAAUUCAAGGUCGUUGUCAAAGAUAUCUACAAACCUGCUUUCACCUCUUGCCCAAGCCAUAUUUAUGUCUCUAUAAACGAGAAGGUUACUUGGCAAGAGCCUACUUAUUAUGAUAACGUGGGAGUAUUGGACAUGUCCCGUCUUGGUUAUGAAAGCGGUCAGGUACCACCUGCGGGCAAUCAUACUGUUUAUUAUAAAGUGUGGGACUACCAGUAUAACACCGCUGUAUGCAAGUUUAAUAUUACUGUCACUAAAGAAACGCUAAAGCCUCCGAAGAUAUUGAACUGUCCCAUUCAAGUUUUAUCCUUGAAUACAGCUCUGAAUAAUGAUGAAGCAAAACUGAGUGAAGACGCUACUGCUAUCCAAGCUUACGAUAACGAAGGAAAGAAACUUAAGGUAAACUACGAACCUGCAUCGGUACGUCAUUGUCACUGUUUUCAUCCCCAUACAAUGGAAACAACUGUUAUUGCAUGGGCCGUUGAUGAUGUGGGAGUCAAGGAAACAUGCGAAUUCAAUGUAACCGUUUCCGAUAAACAGGUGCCGGUUAUCAUGCAUUGUCCUGGAGACAUGGAAUUGAAUGAAAGUGAUUCAAUGUAUUGGCGGCAACCAGCAUUUGAAGAUAACGUCGCUAUUGCAGCGGUUGACUCGAACUACAAUAAUAGUGCCAUAUUCUCCAUUGGAAAACAUAUCGUUUACUAUAAUAUUUGGGAUUAUGAUUUUAACAAUGCAAGCUGCAGAUUUACUCUGACCGUCACCAGACGUAAGUUACCAAUAAUUAUGAAUUGUCCUGAACAUCGCUUAUAUUUGAGUACAUCUAAAUCCGAAAGUAGAGUUGUGUUAACUGAGAACUUAACAUCAAUAGUAGCCUAUGAUGGUGAUGGUAACAAGUUAAAGGUACAUUAUGGGCCUACUUCUCUCCCACAUUGUUACUGUCCUACACUGGCAUCAAGGGAUAGACCUGUAAAAGCGUAUGCCAUUGAUUCGGCUUAUAAUUUCGUGUCAUGUUCAUUUGGAGUAUUUCUUCUUGUUUCGUUUAAAGAACACGCAAAGUACCUUCUGUUUGAUAGCUUGGGAUUCGCGAGAAUAACAGACUGUGUACCCUGCACAGAGACAGGGUGUUUCUAUGUUGGAGAACACAUCUUACAUGAUGAAGAAAAGCCAGAGAUAAGGUGUCCUCGGAACAUAACUAUCCCUGAAACUAGGAGUGCAUAUUGGUGGCUGACAUCUCGUGAUAAUGUUGCCGUACAUAAAAAGUCAGUCUUCGGCGGAAAGUCUCCAGUGUCCUUUCCUGUAGGCAAACAUAUAAUUGUCUCGGAAGUCUGGGACAUAGACGGGAACUACGCCAGAUGUCAGUUUUACGUCACUGUUUUACAAGUGGAAUGUACUUUGGAAUGUCAAAAUGGAGGAAGUUGUUAUCGUAAGGGGAAACAUCAGUCAUGUAGAUGUACACCAGAUUAUAUUGGCCCCUACUGCGAACAUAAAUAUACUCACCAAAACACGUGUCCCGUGCCUAAACCAUUCAACUUACCAUGUUAUUUGAGAUGCAACAGUAAUGAUGACUGUUCGGGAAACAGUGUCUGUUGCAGAGACGGUUGUAGUACUGUAUGCCAGCAACCUAGGACAGUUUAUUGUAAAUUAGAAGGCCAGCAGUACCGUGUGAAUGACACUUACAGUCCGGAGCCUUGCACUGUAUGUUGACAUUGUACUUUAUUUUAAAAACAUAGAUUACAGUCAUAUUUCAUUUUCAUUUUUCUGUUUGUAUUGGUAAUGGUCGUAAGCUUUAAGUUUUGCCGCGCAUGGCAUUUGUUUCUACGAUCCAGCUAGCUGAUGCAAUAUCGAUGGUUCUAAUCAGGUGCAGUUCGAGAAAUAAUGCACGAAUGGGCACCUUCACAAGUAAAGCUGGA